CAACGAUAAAUUUUAGUUCUACCGUUUCACCGCUAGUGCCAUCAAUCGAGUAAUUUUUUAUUAGCAAAAAAAAUCCAUUUGGAGGAUUAAUUUAUAAACUUUUGCAGUUGUAUCUUCGUUUUCAGAUCCCCAGUUUUUUUCCUUUAUAUUUCAAUUGACCUAUAAAAUAUAUUAAUAAAGAUUUGAAAUUCCUACUCAAUAGAUCGAAGCCUCGUUUGUCAUACAUCGAAAUAUCGACUUUAAUGACAUUUAAUUGCUCGUGAGUUUUAUUCGAAAUUCAGAUUGGAGUCUUUCUUAAAUAUAGUUGGGAAUGUGCAGAGUAAUUUUUAGAUACCGACGCUGCUAACAAUUUUGCGCGAUUUGCGCUUUCAUUGUCAAACAUUGUUCAAGCAUGUACCAAUCGAUUGAAUCUCAGAUUGUCGGAUUUGAAUAAGGGAAUUAUUUACAUCGUAAAUAUUGCUACAUAAAAAGUAAAAGAAGAAAGUAAAGAGGUUCUACAACUUUAAACAACUUUAAAAUGCCGCUUCCAGCUGCAUUGGCUGCACGGCUUGCUAAAAGAGGACUCAUCACUGGCUCAGAAAAACACGAUUGUGCAAAGAAGGAGCCAAAGAAGAAGAUUCAUGAAGAAGUAAUAGCUGAAGAUUAUGACAGCACAAAGGACGACAUUAAUCAAAUAGACAUAUCACAAAAAUUUAUGGGAUACAGCGGCUGUCCUAAUAAAUAUAAUAUUUAUCAUGAAUGCACAAAGAAAUGUAAAGAGUUGUGGGGUCUUGGACAUGUACAACCUUCUGACAAAUAUUUGAAGAAACAGAUAAGAUUGAUACAGAGGUACCCUUUGCCAGAAACUUGGAAAGCUGUUUAUGAUCCUGGAUCUGGUCAACAUUAUUAUUGGGACUGGUCGUCCGAUUUGGUAUCUUGGUUACCACCGGGUCAUCCAAAGUGUCAGAUAUCUCAGCCAGCUUCUCAAUUGAGGGAAGAGUUACAUCUGAAAGCAGCGGACCAGGAUGACAAUAUGUCCAGUGACGAUAGUGGCAGUGAACAAGAACCGAUGGAAAUAGACGAACCGGACGUGAAAAAGGAUAAGAAAUCAGAAAACAGAUCGAGACACAAGUCGGUAGAUAAUAAAAGAAAUCAAAGAUUAGAAAGAUCCGAGAGUAAAGAGAAGAAAGACAAAACUUUAGAUCCUAUGGAUCCAGCAUCUUACAGCGAUAUUCCACGGGGGAAAUGGUCUGAUGGUUUAGCAAGGCACAACGAAGCUAAAACAGGAGCAGACACAACUGCUUCAGGACCUCUUUAUCAAAUGAGGCCGUAUCCUAGUCCAGGUGCUGUUCUACGAUCGAAUAGGGCCAAUAAAACAGAAUCGGAAUCAUCUAACAAACCUAAAGUAUCGUGUCCAGAAAAACCGGAAUAAAUUUCUUUUUUUCUAUACCUUUGGUGUAUUAUAUGCUUAUGUUUAUUACACAUCUAAUGCAAAUAUAGGGUAACUUGUGAAAUUUGUCAAUACUCUUGUUAUAUCGUCUACGAACGUGUAAAUGAAUAAUUGAGUUUAAAAUUUUGCUAUUUUUACUUAUUAAAUUUCUUAACAAGUCUUUGAUUUAUUUUCUUUUUCUAUUGAAAAUUAUAAUUCAACAAUUUAUUUGAUUAAAUUUUAUUAAUUUGUAAAUUUUUAUCACCAAAUUUGAAGAUCAAUGAUGGAUGAAAUAAAUGUGUAUAUCUCUGAUUUAAAAAAUAGUAACAAAUUUUAUCAAGCAUAAAAAAGUUGGUAUAUAGUUCGAAUUUUACUUGUUUUUCUUCUUUUUUUUUAAAUUAAAAGCCUUCCAGUCCAAAUUUUUCAAAAACUGAAAACGAUUUUUUAUUGAAAGUCUCACCAUAAAAGUUAAACAUUAUAUAAAUAUAAAUAUAAAAUGUAGGUUGUAAAAGACUGAUGUUAAAAUAAUUAUUUACACAAAAGUUGAUUUCAACAUCGAUUAAAAUAUAUCAAUAUGGACAAUAGUAUCAACAGCAAUGUUCAAAUUAUAAAUGAAAAAGAA